AUGACGUCGCAAUCGUCUCCAAGAGACGGACAUCGUCUGUCAUUUGCAAAGAUUGCUGCUUUAGCUCCACCAUUGAAAUUGGAAACACCACAAACCUCAGACGAGAAAGACGACUCUCCAUCUCAUGAUGAACCGUCAUUUUCCGAACAACAAAACUCCAUUGGUGUUUUAUCCAAUCACGAGAGCCCAGAUUCCGCCGUCGAUCGAGAUAUUGACGGGUUGUCGAAAGCCGUCCAUUCUGCCAAUAUCUCAGAAAAGAAGAACCAGGGGAAUACCGGGUUCUCUAUAGAGGGCCAAGGGGAUGGGUCUUUGAGGCGGGAAGAUUCAUUCGAAGAUGAUCGCACUCAUCUGUCAAACUCCUCAACUAAACCAACAAGUUUCGAUUCAAAAAGUCUGGCAUCGGUCACAACUUUUGCAAUGGACGAAAAAGAUUCUCUGCGCCCCGAUGACAGUGCCAGCGUGCAGGCCAUAGAUGAGGAAGAGUCACUUUCUGGCCAUGCAUCGGGUGCACCGAAUUCAUUAACUGGAUCAGAAUCUGGGGCUCGUUUCCGAGACGUCCAACGACUGCGAAUGCCUUCCCACAAUACGAUUUCUAUCUUCAACGAUGGUUCCCAACGAGCGAACGGUCCAACUGCAACCGACUCCAUGGCUAACAACUUUGUUGUUUCCAACCCCGAUGCUUUCCCUGGUCAGCCCAUACACGGGUUCCCUUCUGAACCCGAUGAGAAGCUGCUUGAAGCUAUGAAGUCUCCUAAGGACCGUCUUUUGAUUCUUAAGCUGGAAGAAAAGGUCAGGAGCUUCAUUCAGAACUCCAAGGAACAAUCCUUGGAAUUGCCCCCCUCUAACGCCUUCGGCCGGCUGCUUGCGCACAAGUUAGGUGAUUACUAUCAUCUUACUCACUUUGUAGACAAUAAUGUCACAUCGGUUCGACUCCAUCGGACUCCUUUCUGUCGACUACCUACUCCACUAUCUCUCAUACAUGCUACCAGCAACGAGACUCCGCCACCUACAGUGCCUGCUAUGAAGAUCAUGCGACGUACGGAUGGGGAGCGCCCUUCUACCGAAGGUAGUAUAGCAGCAAGCUCCUCCUCUCCUUCGAAAGCUACGUCGGAAGCGGGUGAUAGUGGUAACGAUGCAGAGCGCGGGGGCUCAUCUGCUAAAGAUAGAUUGACUCUCACUAGGGAGGAACGUGAAGUAAAAUACCAAGAAGCCAGAGAGCGGAUAUUCCGUGAUUUUUCAGAGUCAAAAACUCCAGAAACGACGGGAGAAUCUACCGCGGACGUGUCCAGGUCAAGCUCUACUAGCGGACGCAAAAAGGCACAUAGGCAAAAGACGCCUCACGAUGACAGCUUCGAAGCACGAUCUCAGUUCAAUGCGUAUUACCCUGGAAUGCACUAUACCAACGGAUCUGUGCCCUACAACAUGGGCAUGCAGGAUCCUUCCUUUCCCAGCCAGCCUUACAUGGUAGGACCUGGUGUAGUCCCAUCCAAUAUGGGAUAUAUGCCCAGCCAGAAUAGUGUCAUGUAUCCCGGGCAGGUGAACAUGAACACUGCGCCGCAUUGUCCGAUUCCUGUGUCUCCACAAAUGAGUGCCUCGGGCCCCUGGCAAAACGGACCAACUUCACAACUGCCCUACACUGGGUAUUCCAUCAAUCAAUCACCCGCAAUGGCUCCGGCCAAACCUGCUGCCGCAAUAGGUAACUAUCCUGUUUCUAAUAAUGCGCAGUUCCAGGUCGCUCCUGCAGCCUGGUCGUCUCCCCCAUACCAAGCGGCGUAUCCGCAACCUACCCAUCGAAAUCAAGCUCCAAUUCCCUGGUCAAACUACCAAGCACAACCGCCCAGUGCCGCUCCUUAUCCAUACACGCAAUACCCAGGCCAGCCGUUGAAUACUGGGUUACCAAACCACGCGGCCUCGCAUCCUUUGCAGGGCAACUUCAACAGAUCUCCGUUUAAUCCUCAAACUCGUUCCUUCGUUCCUGGUGGUGCUACUGGCUUCGGCCGGCCUCCAAACAACAAUGUCCCACCAAGCAUGGCCCCAUAUUCAACCAUGCAGGUAAAUGUCCAGCCCCAGUGGAAUCAGGAACAAAUCGGCGGAAACCUGUCUCGCGGACCGAUACAGGGAGGUAGAGAUUCGAUCGCAAAAUUCGGGACUCCUGCGCAUCUUCCUCCAAAACCCCCACCAUCCGAAGUCCCAUCUGAUUUUGAGUUGAAGCACCGGAAUGCCACCUCCGCGAGCAACUCGUACCCGAACAACACCGCGCCACCACCCCAGAACGGCCCGCUGGUUGUUUCGGGAGGUACUGGCGUGCCACGACCGAAUCAAUAA